GCCCAAACAAUCACCACACUACUUUGCAAAAAAUGUUAAUCAAGUUUAGCAGGCCUUGGUUUUCACUUCUCCGAAGCAAGAUUGAUUUAUUUUAAACAAAGCUGACUCAAUAUUAAUUCUUAGCGAUAUGGAAUCCCCGGACAACAGGCUGUACAUGUGCACCGUUUGCUUCCAAAGAUAUCUGUGGAAGGACCUCUCGGACAAGGAACACCGGUGCUUCCGCUGUCGAUUGCCACCCAAAGUCUGCCUGAUCUGCAGCACAAACUUCGAGCCCCGAGACAAAAAAAAUGCCUACUGCAAGCGCUGCGACUUCUACAUCCACAAGCACGUGGCCGUCAAGCCACCUCCGAUUCCCGAGUACUCCGAGGGACGAGAGGACCUUGAGCCAAACAGGGAGGGAUCCUCGUUCACAGAGCGCUGGGAGGAGAUCAAGGCGGCCGCUGGCAUAAACGACGACUAUUUGAGUGACUAAGUUCGAGGGUCACACAAUGCAGCUCUUAUAAUAAAAAGCAUUUUAUCAGUUUUAUUAGUUUAAUGGA